UGUAAAGGAUCAUUAACUGAGGGCAAUCUCGUGAUUUAUGCCGAAAGAUUUGAAGAUGAUGUACACUGGCAUCCACAAUGCUUUAUAUGUACUGAAUGUUCGAAUAUCUUAGUCGAUUUAAUUUACUUUAAACAUGGUGCGGAUAUAUUUUGCGGUAGACAUCACGCUGAAAAAUUCAAACCACGUUGCGCAAAAUGUGAUGAGUUAAUAUUCAGUGAGGAAUGUACGGAAGCGGAAGGCCGAACAUGGCAUAUGUCGCAUUUUUCCUGCGUAGAAUGUGGUACACAACUUGGUGGACAAAAAUAUAUUGCGAAAAAUGAACGAACACUUUGUGUGCCUUGUUAUCAUCGCAAUUUUUCAUUGGCUUGCAACACAUGUCGAGAAACGAUUAAUGUCGAAAAACCUCACAUCACUCAGAUAUCAUUCGAUUCGAAUAUUUCCACUGACUGCGCUCAUAGACGAAAUUCUGUUCCACGACCACCAUUGAGAAAUCCACCAACGCCUCCUAAUGAAAAUAUUUAUGAAACCGUUUUGCCGUUUUUUAGUUAUAAUCGACGUUCACAUAGUGCAGAUAUGCGCCACAGUCAGACCGAUAAGUGUAAAAAUUGCAUUAAAAAAGCAGAUGCGGAUUUAAAAAGACAAAAUUAUUAUUCAAGAAUGCCACCUUCGCCUUCAUAUAGGAGACGACAUCGAAGAUGCAGUUCAUGUAGUUCAUCAGAAAGCGAUGGUGAAGAUAUUUAUUUGUCAAAGUAUUUAGCUGUCUCCUUGGCACGUUAUGAGAAUAUGCGGGACAUUAAACACGAACAAAAAAAUCAACGAAAUGCAGUUCUCAACCGAAUGAAAGCUUCUAAAAAUAAAUCUAAUAAUUGCAUUGUAUCCUAA